GAUAGAAAUAUCAAAUUUGGAGUCACGGCGAACUCGAAUAUGCAUGGUCUCCCAGCCAUAAUAUAGUCUAGUCUCAUAUUGCAUCGUUUAAGCAUAUGAAGGAUCAAUGGCUGAUAUCUUCCUCACUCUCGAGUUGUUGAACAUAUUAAAAGUCUAGUACUUGAUAUCAACUAUGCAUAUCACGGUUUAAAAUGUACAAGAAUUCAUCAUACUUUUGUUGGUAAUACUACUUAGAAUUGUGUUUGAGGUUGGAAGAUGGUACAAAAACUACAUCGAUCAGUUCUAACAAAACAACUCUAAUAUCACGUAUCUAAUCCUAAUAGCUAGAUAGAAUGAGGAGAAAUGGGAAAGUGGUAUUGGGUAGAUUAAUGGGGGGUAAAUGGCAUGGGAGACAAAGCAAGGAAGAAGAGGAAUGGGAGAGUCACAAAUGGCAUGCAAUGCAAGAGAGGGCAGCAGAUCAUAUAUUGUUGCUGCUGUCUGCUACAAUGCACUGUAUAAGCGCCACCAUCAUAUAUUCAUAUCAUCCUUCUUCCUCCUGUUUUGCCAAAAAUAGUAAAUAAAAAAAAGGAGAGGAGAGGGAGAGGGGUAAGAAAUCAAAAAGACCAAAUUCACAGCCCCCCAACACCAAUUACCUCACUCUCACUCCCACUAUUACUGCUCCAUCUCUUUCCCAACACUUCGCUUCCCUCCCUCCCUCCCUCCUUUUAUGAUCUGCUCACUGAAAUCUAAAAUCCCCAGGCAGUACACAGACAGACUUACUAUUCCUAGAGAAACCUUUUCUUGCCUCCCUUCCCAAUUAAGCUCCAUAUCUAUACCUAGAUAGAUAGAUAGAGUCAUCAGAUCAGAUCAGAUCAGAUCAGAUCAGGCAAAAGGAGAGCAAAGCAAAGCAGCACAAGGGCGCUGUACAGCACGGGUAGAUGAUGGUCGUGAUUAGAUAAUCGAUCAUGAUGGUGGUGAUGAAGAUGGAUAUUGAUGAUUGAUUUGUGCAGACGUGGAAGGCCAGGAGCCGGCCUGUAAUUGGAUGGAGCCACCUGGCGACGGAAUCACGGCCAACAUCAUCACUACUUGUACUGAUCAUCAUCUUCACUCCUCCUCUUCUUCGGGUCAUUGUAUUCGGGUCGGGCAGGGGGUCAUGACCCGCCUUGCUUCUGCUUCUGCUGACGAUCUCCUGCUCUUCCCCUCCUCCUCUUCGUCGUCGUGUUAUGGAGUGAAGACGAGGAAGAAGAGAAUGGCGAGGCAGAGAAGGCACAGCUCCACCAUUACCCAUCUCUUCUCUUCCUUCAACACAACUGCUGCUGCUGCCUCCCACGUGCCGCCUCCUCCCCCUCCCCCCGCACGUGAAAUUGACCCAAGGAGCUUGAGGUUCUUGUUCCAGAAGAAGCUCAAGAACAGCGAUGUUAGCUCCCUCAGGAGAAUGGUCCUUCCCAAGAAAGCAGCAGAGGCACACCUCCCUGUGCUGGAGUCCAAGGAAGGCAUGUCCAUCACCAUGUAUGACUUGGAUGCCACCCAUGUCUGGACCUUCAAGUACAGGUAUUGGCCUAAUAACAACAGCAGAAUGUAUGUCUUGGAGAAGACAGGUGACUUUGUUAAUGCACAUGGACUGCAAUCAGGAGACUUCAUCACACUUUACCAAGACUGCCAAAACCAGCAGACCUAUGUCAUCCAAGCUAGAAAGGCUUCUGAGGAGGAGAGCAUAUUUGCAGACAUAAUGAACAGUGAUGUCAUGAGCGUGGUUCAGGACCUUGAUCAUCCCCACCACAUUGCUGGAAAGACCAACUCGCCCCUCUACUACGAUAGUAUUAGUAAUGCAAUGGAAAGCGCGGCUGCCAGCUUCUCCUUCAUCUACGACAGCACAACCACCUUCUCCAACGACUCCCCCUUGGAUUUUUUGGGUGGAUCGAUGACCAACUUCCCCACAACAGGGAACCACCUGGAGAGCUUUGGUUCCAUUGAGGCGCUUUCCCUUGAUGACUUCUAUUAGCCAGCCCAGCCCAGCCAGGGGAAUAUGUUUGCCUCUGCAGUAUGACUAUCUUUAAUUUGCAUUGCACAAAUAUAUAUAUGCGUGUGUUUUGGAUGAUGAAAUUGAUUUUGCUCAGCCCUCCCGCAAGAUAUAUAUCUAUUAAGGGUUGGUACUGUACUAAUUAUGAAUGUCUCUUUACCGACUGUGGCCUUCAUACAUUUACAGACAGAGGCAUGUUGGUAUGCCGUAUGUAUUAAUUGUAAUAAAGUGGAACACUAGCUUAAUUAGCUUCCCAGCAAAAUGUAGUUUGUGGGAACGUAACUUUUCAAGUGUAUGCAAUGUAGCUAAGUCCGAUCCUUUGUUUUUCUUAAAAAUACAAUCAUGUAAUUUAUACUCAUAGAGACAAAAAUGUUAGUUUGUGGGAACCUAUAACUAUAAGUGUCCACAUGAUCACCAAUUCAUGAGAAAGGUAUGUAACAGUAUGUUUUUUUUGAAGAAAUGUAACAAUAUGGUUAUAGUGACAAUAUGCUAACUAAACUAAGUAAUUUGCAAUGAGAGUAGCUACAUAUAAUUUGUGUUUUGUUCAAUCAAGUCAAAACACCGAAUGGACGCUUCACAUUACCAAAAUCAUCGUGACAAGAACCCACACAAACACCGAACUUGACCCUUUUCCAAUUUAUUGCCAACUUGCAAGCCUAGCUCCCAAUUUGCGAGCAAAUAUACUAGUGUAAGAACAUACUCAUCUCAUAACUAAAAGAAUGAGCGAGUGUGAGCAUGCGAGUGCUAAUUGAGCAACUUUCAUUAAAAUGAUGAUGUUCUUUGAUGCACUCAACUAGUGUAAGAACAUACUCAUCUCAUAACUAAAAGAAUGAGCGAGUGUGAGCAUGCGAGUGCUAAUUGAGCAACUUUCAUUAAAAUGAUGAUGUUCUUUGAUGCACUCAGAAUAAGUUAGAUAGAAUGAC